GUAUGCUCCCAAGUUUGCGUCUUCGAAACUUAUUCGGGGCAAUGUUUUUAAUUAGUUGUUGACCCAAUUGGUUUGAUCAAUAGACCUGUCACUCCACCGUGAUUUUGGGUUCAUUUAGCCCCUAAACCAUUUGCUUAGCAAAGAUUUUGACGAGAAAAGAAAAAUAUUGAUUGAAUCAACAACACAGGCAUCUGAUCAAGCCGUCAGACCUUCCAUGCGAAUCAGGUUGAUUAUGAUUAAUAUGGUUGUUUUUGCAGGGCUAUUCAAAACCGUUCCAAACAUCUCCAAGCAGCUCAGCUGGACUCGAAUUCAUCCCUCCAUGACUCCAAUCCAUCUUCCUCUCUUUCGAUCUCUCCCGUGCUUUACUUUUGAAAUUGCUAUUCGAGCUAAUUAGAGUUCCAAGGACCCUGAACUUGAAGGAGGAAGGUAGAAUUACUGAACUAGUAUUCAGCCAGUUUGGUGGCAGAAGAGGGCACGAAUAUGUCACAGAUCCACCAAGCUUUCAAUCUUAUACAGAAAAUGGUGAAAAGCCCACCACUCAAAGCUUUCUCAAUCUUCAACGAAUCAAUCCUGCAAGGUUUCCAACACACCAAUGAGUCCACGUCCGCUAUCCUCCACCUCCUCCUUUCCUCAAACAUGUUAGCACAAGCUCAGUCCGUUCUUCUACGGUUUCUCUCAGGCAAGCUUUACUCUUCUUCCUUCACUUCCUCAUCUCUCCCAUCUCUACUCCACCAUUUUACGCAAACCCAUUCGGGUCCAAAUUCACUUCUUAUUCUUUUAUAUGAAGCAAUCAUCGGUGCUCUUAUCCAAUCUCAAAUGCUUCAAGAAUCCCUCUUUUAUUUCACUGAAAUGCUUAACCGUGGCCUGGUACCCAGUCCAAGCACUUUCAAUAACCUAUUGACUCAUCUUCUCAAGUUGGAUUCUUUCGAAAAUGCUUGUUGCGUUUUCAAUGAAACACAGGGUAGAACUCAAUUAGAUAUUUACAGUUAUGGAAUAAUGAUUAAGGGUUGCUGUCAGGUUGGUGAUUUGAGUAAGGGGUUUGAGCUUUUAUCUCAAUUGGAAAAGAUGGGCUGGUCCGCAAAUGUAGUCAUUUAUACUACUUUGAUUGAUGGGUGUUGCAAGAACGGCGACAUUGAUCAGGCAAGGAAGUUAUUUUCUAAGAUGGAGAAGCUGGGUUUGGUUGCCAAUGAGUUCACUUAUACAACCAUGAUUAACGGGUGUUUCAGAAAAGGCUUUAACAAGGAAGGGUUUGAGCUCUAUGAAGAGAUGAAACUUAAGGGGACUCUUCCUAAUAUUUAUACUUACAAUUCGGUGAUUAGUGGGUAUUGUAAGGAUGGUAAUCUGAAAAAAGCAUUUGAAUUAUUUGAUGAAAUGCAUGAGAGAGGUGUUGCUUGUAAUGUUGUCACUUAUAACACACUAAUUAGUGGAUUAUGUCGAGUACGGAAACCCGUGGAAGCUGAGAAGUUGGUAAGUCGGAUGAAGGAGGCUGGAUUGAGUCCAAAUUCAAUCACAUACAACACUCUAAUUGAUGGGUUUUGCAAAGCUAGAAAGUUGGACAAGGCAUCGAUAUUGUUUGAUAAGAUGAGGUCAACUGGCCAAUCUCCAUCUUUGGUUACUUAUAAUGUUUUAAUUGCAGGUUUUUCUAGAAUUGGAAAUUUUGAAACAGCUGCCUUUCUUGCUAGAGAAAUGGAGGAGAGGGAUAUAUUUCCUUCAAAAGUAACAUAUAGUAUUCUCAUUGAUGCUUUGAUCAAAUCAGACAACAUGGAGAAAGCCCUUGAAAUGUUUUCCUCUAUGGAGAAGGCUGGCUUGAUGGCAGAUGCUUAUAUUUAUGGCAUCCUGAUAAAUGGGUUCUGUGUCAAAGGUAACAUGAAGGAUGCAUCCAAGCUGUUUAGAUCAAUGAGUGAAGUGCAUUUGAAGCCUAAUGAUAUAAUCUACAAUAUAAUGAUUUAUGGUUACUGCAAAGAAGGCAAUUCUUAUAGAGCGCUGAGGUUGCUAGAAAAAAUGCACGAUAAUGGAAUGCUCCCAAACAUGGCUAGCUAUAGUCUGACCAUUGGUAUCCUUUGUAAGGAUGGAAAAUGGCAAGAAGCUGAGGUUUUGCUCAAUGAGAUGGUAGGAUUGGGAUUGAGUCCUUGUGAUUCACUUUACAGUUCUAUAGCUAAGGCAAAACUUGAAAACAGUUAAGACUCUUAGAGAUGAAUUUGAAGUAUUAUAUUGCAAAGUUAGAUAGAUAAAAGGGUCAGGAGAACAUGCUAAGUGUUUUUGAGGCUCAAUCAGAAGUCGAGGGUUUCUUGGAAGGCUUCUAUCUUGUAUAGUGUAAUCAGUAUUAUCAAUGAAGUAUAAAUACUUUAUCUUGGAUCCUCUGUUUUUGUGCUUUGAUCAGGAACUGAAAUAAAUAAUCAGAUUGUUGUACAUAGGGGUGUGAAUUCCCAAACCAACUGGAUCAAAUCCCUCCAAAAAGCAAACAUCUUUUUAUGGGUUCAGUAACAGGCUCACAGUUACCCAAUGGGUACUUUGUUUAUUGAAUUGUAACUCAUCAUUCUCUCUCACUGCAAUCUCCAUCAUCUCUUUGAUCUCUUCCCCUGCAACUUAAUGGGACUCUGUCAUGAAUAGUUCAAAUUAAUUGUGGAAAGUGCAGCUAGUUGGGUGUUAUUACCAGGACCUCAGCACCAGAUUGGGUAUUAUUUAUCCCUAGUUCAUUGUACUGGUUUUGCCACAGAAAUACCCUUCGAUUUGAUGUUGACAAAUAUUGACUAAACAGGAUGACCUUCAUCUUUAUAUUUCAUAGAAGUUAUACAAGAUCUGAACUUUAUGUUUGUUUGCCCUAAUUUCUUGCUUAUGUUUUGGAAGAUGGAAGAUAGAUUUUGAUUUGAAAGUUAUCGAAUUAGAGGAAAAUUUGUUCUUUCUGUAACUUAGUUGAUCCAUUUAGAAGAACUUUUCAUUUUUGCUAAAGAUAAUGGAUGACUUAGAUGGUUUUCUUUGUUUCGAUUUUCCAAAUUGAAGAUCUUUAUAUUUUACCGGUGAAAUAACAGAAAUUAAAAUUGACAAAGAAAAGAGCAUUAUUUUAAUCCAAUUUGUCUGCAGAAAUGCAUAAAAAAGUUAAUAGAUAAAACAAAUUUUGUAUAAUUGGCUGUCAAAAAAACUUGUGUAAUUAUAUUUAUAACCAUUACGAUGGGCACGUCUGGAAGGAAAAUCUGCACCAACAACUACAUUUCAUUGAAAACUGCACCAGCAAUUAUAUAUCCCACUUUUUUGGGUUCACCAAGUUGGAUUCACAGAUAUGUUUUAGAUUUCUAUUCCUGUAUCUGUGUUCUUAUGGGGGUUCUGCUUAACUUCUGUUCUUUUUAAGUGGAAUUUCAGCUUCUUCGGAGUUAAACUGUUAUAUUGUUCCUGAAUUCUGAAGAGUAGUUUUUGUUUUUAGUAUCUUGGGCUGAUAAAGUGACAAGUGCGUGAACAGGUUUGAGUCUGAGAGUGACCUCUUCAUGCAAGGAAAUGCCAAAUAUUUUGUAUCCACCAUUGAUGGCCAGGACCGACAUUGGGUAAAACCAUUUUAUCUGAAUAGGCAUUGGGUAAAUGUGUUCAACAUAUUUCUGAUGAUCUCAAGUAGAGGAAAAUGUUCAAAAAAAAAAAACUAUUGGCAAGCACAAUUUUCGUUGAUUCACUUGCUGCUAUUUCAUUUUUCGUUUUCUUAUUGUAAUAUUCCGCAGGUGGAAGCUGGAGAACAAUCUUACGCCCCGUUUGGUUCACGGGAAUAAGGGUCUUGAAUCGGACCCAUUCUGAUUUCAACUGUUUGGUUGGGCGGAAUUGGAAUUUUAUUCCCAUUCCUGCUGCAAUGACAUUCCCCAUUUUAGUUGAGGAAACGGCCAUUCCCUGCCCCUCUCUUAAGAAUCAAAUUCCAUAUUUCUGUUGAUUUUAAUUCCCAUUUUCAUUUUGAUUCCAAUUCCAAUUGACUGUGAUUCACACUCU